ACCGAGGGUGACACCACCAUCGAUAGUAACGACAGCGUAGAUAAGCGCCAAAAACACAUCAACAGCACUUACGACCAGCUUCAGGAGCUUGCUGAACGUCGACGAGCCCUUCUAGAAGACUCCAUCUGCCUGUUCCGAUUCUACCGCGAAUGCGAUGAUUUUGAGAAAUGGAUCAAGGACAAAGAGAAAAUGCUUCGCACCGAAGAUCCGAAAGACAACGUUGAAUCGGCCAAACGUAAGUUCGAAACGUUCCUCACCGAUUUGUCGGCUUCAUCAAAACGUGUCGAGGCCAUUGAUUCCGAUGUUGAAGACUUUGUCCGACAGGGACACUCGCAGUUGGAUAAAGUAAAAGCUAGACAGCGACAAAUACAUCAAAUGUGGGAACACUUGAACUACCUUAAAGGACAGAAAGAGAAGAACCUCGAAGGAGCAUCCAGUGUGGAGUUGUUCAACCGCACUUGUGAAGAAGCAAUCGAUUGGAUGAAUGAAAAGAUGACACAGCUGGAUACAGCGGAGGUUGGUCCGGACUUGAAAACUGUCAAAGCUCUACAGCGUCGUCACGAAAAUUUGGAGCGCGAACUAGCACCCGUGCAAGAAAAGGUAAACCGAGUAAACCUACUCGGAAAUUCUGUCAAGAACUCGUAUCCUUCCGAAAGAGACAACGUCACCGCGAAGCAGAAAGAUAUCCAAAACCUUUGGAAGAAAUGCCAAGAGAAGGCAAAAGAACGACGAUCCAGGUUGGAAAACGCAGUUGGACAACAAAUCUUUACGAACGGUACCAAAGCGCUAAUCGCUUGGCUAGAAGACGUUCAUAAUCAGCUGAAUGCUGAAGAGACUGCUAGAGAUGUUGAAACAGCAGAAAACUUGUUGAAGAAACACAAUGACCUGGCUGAAGAAAUCAAAGCCCACGAAGACGAAUUCAGACAACUUGCACAACUGGGAAGCCAAUUGCUACAACGCAACCCUGGCUUAGUUGAGAUCCCUGAAAUGCAACAGAAACUUGCUACCGAGCAAGAAGCGCUUAACGACGCUUGGAACGUCAAGGAGAAAAAGUUGAAGCAAUGCAUCGAGCUGCAGGUGUUCAAUCGAGAGGCAGACAAGAUCGAUGCUACCACCAAGAGUCACGAGGCUUACCUCGAGUACGAUGACCUCGGUAACUCGCUGGACGAUGUCGAAGCCAUUCUUAAACGACACACUGACUUCGAGAACUCCUUGGGAGCUCAAGAUAAAAUUUUGAAGAAUUUCUCAGAAGGUGCGGAUAAACUAAUACGUAACAACCAUUACGAAGCAGAGCACAUCGGUGAACGACGUGAUCAAGUACUUGCCCGUCGCGAAAAGGUGAAACACCUGGCCCAGAAGCGAAGAAACGCACUUCAAGCUUCCAAGGACUUCCAACAGUUUUGCGCUGACGUUGAUGACCUCAACGGAUGGCUUGCAGAUAAAACCAAGAUUGCUAGCGAUGAGAGCUACAAGGAUUUGACGAAUCUACCCCGGAAACUACAGAAACACAAAGCCUUUGAACGUGAGCUGCGAGCUAACGAAGGUCAGUUGCGAACUGUCAACAAAGAAGGCGAAGCCCUGAUCAAGACGAACAAUCGAGCGGAUGAAGUGACGCGAAUGCUCGCCGCUGUCAAUCAGAAGUGGAAGGAUUUGAACAAUUCUUCACUGGAAAAAGGAAGGCGUCUGGAGCAAGCUUCACUGCAGCGAGAGCAUAAUCGAAACAUCGAAGAUGCCAAGAACAAGCUGGAAGAACUGGACUCAGCACUACAGAGCAAACAGGUUGGCAACGAUCUGCGUAGUUGCAAAGAUUUGAUGAACAAACACCAGAUCCUGGAGAAUGACAUCAGUAUGUGGGAACAGAAGGUUGCCGAACUGGUGACUUCUGGCGAGGAAAUGGCCCACGAGGGUCAUUUCGACGCCAACAAUAUCAAAAACGAAACCAAGAAAUUACAGAAUCAGUUUGCAAACUUGAAAGGUCCUGCAGCUAAGCGUCGAGAGGCGUUGGAAGAAAGCUUACGGUUCCAUAAAUUUGUCUUUGAACUCGAUGCAGAGCUGCAAUGGAUCAACGAACGUUUACCCGCGGCGAGCUCCGAAGUUAUCGGACAAAAUCUUCAUCAAGCUCAAAGUUUGUACAAGAAACAUAAGAAACUGGAAGCUGAAGUUGAGGGUCAUCAAUCGAUGAUCAACAGAACGUUGACCUCUGCUGAAAAUUUGAUCAACCAGAAUCAUCCCGAAAAAACCAAGGUUAAAGAACUAUGCCAAACGUUGGAACUGGCGUGGAACGACUUGCAGGAAAAGGCUGUCGAGCGUUCAAAGAAGCUGGAACUUUCACUCAAAGCGCAACAAUACCUUUCGGAAGCAGGAGAAAUAGAGACAUGGCUCGGUGAACGUAACAACGUUCUUCGAUCGACCGACUAUGGUCGGGAUCGAGAUUCGGCUACAAAGUUGCUAACGAAGCACAAGGCCAUCGAGUUGGAGCUGGACACGUAUUCCGGUAUUGUGUCAGAAAUGGGACACACAGCCUCGGCAAUGGUUGCAGCGAAACAUCCGGACAGUAAAAUCAUUGCCACAAAGCAACAGCUGGUCGAGAAAAUGCUGAAGUCCUUGCAGAAACUGGCCGCCCAACGGCAGCUUCGGCUGAUGGAAAGCUUGUAUCGGCACGAAUACUUCAUGGAGUCGGCUGAACUGGAACAGUGGAUCAAGGAGCAGGAACAGGCCGUCAAUUCGGAAGACUACGGCCACGAUUAUGAACAUUUAUUAAUCCUUAAAAACAAGUUUGACGAUCUGAAGCAUCGCAUUGAAGUGGGAGCUGAGCGAUUCAACCAAUGCGAAGAAGUCGCCAAGAAGUUGAUCGGUAGCGACAGUCCUUACGUAGCUGACAUCGAAAGGGGCCAGGAACAACUCAGGAACGAACAGGCCUACACCGAAGCCCAGUUGGAUGUUGUCGAGCGACAUGAUCAAAUUUGCAAUUGCUGGCAAAACCUUCUGAAGCUGUUGUCAGCCCGGGAGAAGAAACUCCAUGCUGCGGGUGAAAUCCAUCGCUUCCACAGAGAUGCUGCCGAAGCACUUUUCCGUAUCCAGGACAAGAAUGCAGCUCUAUCGACUGAGUUGGGUAAGGAUUUGAACUCAGCCUUAGCUUUGACCCGCAAACACGAAGCGUUCGAAAAUGAACUGGUUGCCUUGGAGGCACAACUUCAAGUACUAGUUGACGAUUCGAUGGACCUGCAAUCCAAAUACCCUGGUGACAAUGCCAAGGCCAUAGGCGUUGAGCGGGAAAAUGUCGUCCACGGUUGGGACAUGUUGAAGGAAAAGUCCGCUCUGCGAAACGAUCAGUUGCAGGCUAGCUGCGAUUUGCAACACUUCUUGACCCAGGUACGUGAUCUUAUGUCCUGGGCUACGAAUUUGCGGGCUACCCUGCAGGCCGAAGAACAUGUGAGCGAUGCCACCGGUGCAACAGCUCUCAAAAUCCAACACGAUGCGAUAUAUGGUGAGAUCGAAGCUAGGGAGGAAACUUUCCGCUAUUUGAACGAACUGAGCGAUUCGAUGGUACAGACAGGUCACUACGCCGCCACAGAAGUGGAAGAGAAAUGCUCGGCUUUGCUGGAUGAACGAGCUAAACUUCACUCGGCUUACAGCAAAAAGAAAAUAUUGCUAGAACAGAAGAUCGACUUGUUCUGUUUCAUGCGAGACGCGAAGGUGAUCGACAACCUUAGCAGCGGCCAGGAAGCUACGCUUUCUAGCUCAGAUUUCGGACAAACUGUAGAAGUUGUUCAAGAUCAGGUGAAAAAACACGACGCCUUUGAGAAACUCAUUCAAACGCAGGAUGAGAAGGUUGCCAUUUUGCAAGACCACGGCAGAAAGCUGGUCGAACAAAAUCACUUCGACAGUGAGAACAUAAGGAAACGAUUGCGAGAAAUUUUCGAUCGUAGACAAAAGAUCAAGGAAUUGUGCACUUUGAGAAGACAGAAGCUGCAACAUGCUCUGCUGUAUGCUCAGUUUAUCCGAGAUUGCGCUGAGGCUGGUGCCUGGAUAAACGAAAAGCAAAAGAAAUUGGAAGCAGAUGCACAUACGUUUGCGGACGUUUCCAAUAUGGAAGAUAAGGUCAAGAAACUGCAGAAGCAUCAGGCCUUCCAAGCUGAAGUUGCUGCCAAUGAGGGACGAAUCAAAGAAGUCAAGCAGAUGGGAGAAACACUGAUCACUAAGCGACACGAAUGUGCUUCGGAAAUCGAGGAAGAAGUUCGUAAGCUGAGUGAAUCCUGGAAUGUUCUUAUCAACGAAGUUGCCUCCAGAGGACGAGGUCUGGAAGAGGCUCAGGACAUUUUGGAAUUCAACAGCCAGUUGGACAAACUGGAGGCAUGGAUUCGAGACAAAGAAAUGAUGGUGAAUGCUAGUGACACCGGUCGUGAUCUGGAGCAUUGCAAUGCUUUGAAGCGGAAACUCGAUGACGUCGAUUCCGACAUGCGUGUUGACGACCAACGUAUCAAGAUGAUUAACGUAUUGGCUGACAAGCUUCUUACACAAGACAAAGCUCCAAAUGAAGCUAAGAAUGUCCAACAAAGAAGAAACAACUUCAACAACAAGUGGAAGUCUCUGCAGGGAGCUUUAAAUAAAUACCGAGAGUUGCUCGACGGAGCAAACGAGAUUCACGUCUUCAACCGAGAUGUUGACGACACUGCCGAGCGUAUCGCUGAAAAACAACUAGCAAUGAGCGUCGAAGACAUCGGAAGGGACUUAAAUGCUGUGGAGUCGUUGAAGCGGAAACAAGACGCUUUGCAACGCGAUAUGACAGCCGUACAUCAAAAGAUUGGUGAACACGAUAAACGAGCUGCUGCGUUGAUGCAGAAAUAUCCGGACAAUGUAGUUCCGAUCGAAGAAAAGUUGGAAGAGCUCAAACGUCAAUGGAAUAACUUACAAGAAUCUAGCGUCAAACGGGUAGGAACACUAGAAAACGCCUACACUGCUCACAGGUUCACUGCAGAUGUGAAGGAGCUAGAGCUGUGGACCAACGACAUCAUCAAGAAAAUGGACUCAGUAACAAACCCGACGACGAUUGCCGAAUGUCAAGCGCAGAUUCAGUUGCAUCGGGAGCGCAAAGCAGAAAUAGACGGAAGAGACAAAGUUUUCAAAGUCCUGCAGGAACAUGGAGAACAGCUGGUUGCUGAAAACAAAGCGCAGGGUAUCAAAAACGACUACGUUGAGAAGGCUUUGCGUCAGCUGGAAGACUUAAACAAGCACCUGCACGACUCCUGGAAGGGUAAGAAUCGUGGCUUGAAGGAAGCCCAUCAGCUGCAACAGUUCAAAGAACAAGCUGAGCAGAUUGAAGCCUGGUUGGCUAAUAAGGAAGCUUUCCUGAACAACGACGAUCUAGGAGAGUCGUUCACUGCGGUGGAAGCACUAAUCAAGAAACACGAAGCCUUCGAAAAACUUCUUGCUGCCAGUAGAAUUGAUGAGCUGGAACGAUUCGCAGAGAAAAUACUGGCCGAAAGUCCCUUCGAAGCAGACAUUAUCAAACAGAGGCUCUGUUUAGUUAUUGCUAGGAAAGAAAAAUUAUUAGCUUCAUCAGCAGCUAGGAAGCAGAAACUGCAAGAAUCGCUUCAGUUGCAACAGUUCCUUCGAGGGCUUUACGAAGUUGCCAAAUGGAUUGGUCACAAAAUGCAAGUUGCUUUGGACGAGAACUAUCGGGAGCCAAGCAAUCUUCAGAGUAAAAUCCAGAAGCAUACUGCUUUUGAUGCGGAGCUUGGAGCAAAUUCCAGCAGAGUUACUGGAAUAAUCGAUGAAGGAGAAUCGUUAAUCAACGCAGAGCACUACGCUGGUGGUCUUGUACAGGAGCAGCUGGACAUGUUGGAGGCCGACUGGCAGAAGCUACGUGAAGCGUCACGAGAAAAGAAAGAACGCUUGGCUCAGGCCUACGAUGCGCGGCUGUUCAUUCGAAACUUGGACGAUUUCAGCACCUGGAUGGACGAAGUUGAACUACAACUAUCUUCGGAAGAUUACGGAAGGGACUUGGCUUCGGUCAGUAAUUUGCUGAAGAAACAUGAAAUGCUUGAGGCAGAUGUUGCCCAUCAUUUGGAAACUUGUGACCAGAUCAAGGCUACUGACGAUAAGUUCCUAGCCUCAGACCAUUUCUUGAAGGACGAACUACACGAAGCAGCGAUGGUAACCAUUAAGCGAUACCACUCGUUGCACGAACCUACCACAAUUCGACGAGACAAUUUGGAAGAUUCUCUGCAGCUGCAUCAGUUCCUGCGAGAUGCUGAAGACGAGCUUUCAUGGUUGAACGAAAAGGAACCUUUAGCCGGUUCGAAGGACCUAGGAAAUAGUUUGACGGCGGUGCAAAGCUUGCAAAAGAAACAUCAAGCUCUGGAAGCAGAAAUUCUAUCAAGGGAACCGAUCAUUCUGGCGCUUAUUCAACGUGGUCAACAGAUGGUUCGAGAAAACCACUACGCGGUGGAGCAAAUCGAUGGGCAGUGCAGUUUGCUUCAGCAAAAGUUGAUCAAUUUACGUAAUUUGACUAACGUACGUCGUUUGAGGCUGCUGGAUGCUGUUGAGAGUCAGCAAUUCUACGCGGAAGCCAACGAAGCGGAAGGAUGGCUGCGGGAGAAGAAGCCUAUUAUUUCGUCGCACGAUUAUGGUAAGGACGAGGAUUCGGUGAGCUCACUUCAAAAGAAACUUGAAGCACUGCAGCGGGAACUGGUGGCAUUCGAUCCGACUGUCGAGAAGAUCGAUAAGCUGGCCAGUGGGUUGCAGGAACGAGGGCACUUCGAUAGCGAAAAGAUUAAGGCCAAGAACGACAAAAUUCAGUAUCAGUUCCAGGAGCUAAAUCGAUUAGCUGGGGAGCGGGAGAAGAAGUUGGCGGAAACGAAGAAGCUGUUCGAGUUUGUUCGAGAGAUUGACGACCUUCAAGAGUGGAUCGAGAUGCAGAUGACUACAGCGGGAUCCGAAGAGUAUGGUACGGAUGUGGAACAUGUGGAGCAGUUGACGGCACAAUUUGAGUCGUUCGUUUCAAAUAUGAACUCCAAUGAGGGUCGUGUUCAUGCGUGUGUUGCCAAGGGAGAAUCGCUGCUGAAUGAGGGAAAUCCUAAUAAGGAUUUGAUUAAGGCGAAGCGCGACGAGACGAAGCAGCUUUGGGAUGAGCUGAAGGAUUUGGUUGUGGCACGACAGGAAGCUUUGGCUGGAGCGAAACAGGUUCAUGUGUUCGAUAGGACAGCAGAUGAAACAAUCAGCUGGAUCAAUGAAAAAAUCUCAGCGGUGUUGUCUGAGGAUUACGGUCACGAUUUAGAGACAAUCCAGGCUUUAGUGCGAACACACGACAGCUUUGAAGUUGAACUUGGAGCGAUCAAGGAACAGCUUGAGUCGGUUGUAACGGAAGCACAAAAGUUGGGUGAUACAUUCCCCGAUGCCAAAGAACACAUUGAGGUCAAACGAGAUGAGGCGAUUGAGGUUUGGUCCGAGCUGAAGGAAAAAACUGUUCAGCGCAAAGAGAAGCUUAUGCAGGCCGAACAACUACAAGCAUACUUCGAUGAGUAUCGAGAUUUGAUGGCUUGGAUCAAUGAGAUGCUUGCACAGAUCACAGCUCCAGAUCUUGCCAAGGAUGUAGCUGGGGCGGAAGCUCUUAUAGCUAAAAUCAAAGAACAUCGAACAGAAGUUGAUUCGCGAAAGGAGGGAUUCGAAACGUUCUACAAAACCGGAACUAAGCUUAUUAAAGAUGGACAUUUUUUGGCAAACGAGGUACAGGAGAAAAUUGCCGUGCUGAAUCAAAGGAAGCGUCUACUGGAUAAUACGAUUAAUCAGCGAGAAGAAAUCUACGAGCUGAACUUGGACACACAAAUCUUCUUGAAGGAAGCUGAAGUGAUAGAGAAGUGGAUCAUAACGAGACAGGUGCAGUUGAAGGAUGGUAAGCUGGGAGAAAACAUUGCUCAGGUUGAAGAUCUUAUCCGAAAACACGAAGACUUUGAGAAGACAGUAAUUGCCCAGGAGGAGAAGGUCUUGGCAUUAAAACGGAUCACACUACUUGAGCAGAAGUUUAAGAAACAACUGGAAGCCGAACAAGCAGCCCGAAUCGCAGAGAAGGAAAGAGUCGAGCGAGAACGCCACGAAGCGCUUAAACAAAAAGAGGUUCAAAGAAUCACCGAAGAGCGCCGAAGACACGAUCCGAAUGCAUCGGCUAUCAAUGGUUUUACAGAGACUCCCACCAAAUCUUCUACCCCUAGUCAUCUUUCGCCGGCAAGUGCAAAUGCUGGUAUCUCCAAGGAAGCGCCAGAUGUAUCCCCGGUGCAGAAGUCCAAUUCGUUCGCAACCAUGAUUCAGGAACGGCUUCGACGCGGUUCGGAAGGAAACAUUAAACGGGCUGAGAGCAUGAAGAUCGGUCCGAAACCAGCCAAGCGAACCCCAUCCUUCACAACUCGACGACGGGCGCAGAGUUUCCGAAAGAACCAGCGAGGCAGCGAUUCGAACGAGUCUGACCUACCUCCGGUUGAGGUACAGGGAAUGCUCGAUCGCAAACACGAACUACAAUCCGGUGGCAAGAAGGCUCCAGUUCGUUCCUGGAAACCAUAUUACACGGUCCUGUGCGGUCAGUUGCUGUGUUUCUUCAAGGACGCCGAAGACUUUGCCCAGAAGAAGGCUGCCACUGCUCCGGUCAACAUACUAAACGCCAAAUGCGACAGGGCCGAGGAUUACACCAAAAAGAAGAACGUUUUCCGGCUGGUGUUACUGGAUGGCUCGGAGUUCCUUUUCCUCACCGGUUCCAAGGAGUCAAUGAGCGAAUGGAUCAACAAAAUUGCCUUCCACGCCGCACUCCCGCCCAAUUUGCAGCUUAUGAGCUACGAUGAAUCAAUGAAGUCCCAGGUAUCAGCGCAGUCCCCGAUCCUAGAUCGUAGCGACGCUAACUCGUCCAUUAGCUCCCGAACGUCUUCGCCCGAUUCGCAGCGGCGAGACUCCCGUGCCUCCCUAAACAGUGCGAAAUCCGGUGGUUCCGGUAGCAAUGCCAGUAGCAGCAUACAGUCCACCAACAGCACCACCCCCCAAAUCAAUUUCCUGCAGAAGCAGAAGGAGUUGCGUGAGCUAGAAAAUCAGCAACGCCUCUCGCAACAGCAGAUGAGUACGUUCCAGAUGCCCCAAUCCCCUACCCAGGAAGUCUACAACUUGGCCGAUAAGCCUCCAAUUCCUCCGAGGGGAGUUCCGCCUCCGGUUCCCCAAAGGCAAUCCAGCAGUGACAACGUUAGCAAUAAUAACAACGUUAGUGGCAAUCCAGCAGUACAAAUUCGCUCCAAAACCAGCAGCGGUAGUAGUGGAAGUUUCAAUGGAAAUGAUUACGACAACGGAAACUACACCAACACAAAUAACACCCGACCAUUUUCAUACCAACCAAAUUCAUCGAGUCAACAACGGAGUAUUCCCCAAAAUGGUAACAACCCAACCAACAACGGUAACGGAAACGGCGAAGACGUCUGGUUACGUCACAGUGAAUUGAGGUCAUCCGAAAAUCCUCCACCACCACUACCAGCAACUUCACCCCCGUUGAGUACCUUCUCUCCGUUGAAACCAUCAACUGGUUAUCAGCAGCAGCAGCAACACCAGCACCACCAUCAGCAACAACCACACCCGAACCAGAAACAUCACCCGCAGCAACAUCAAGAUCAGUUCAUGCGCCGAGAACGGGAACAAUCUGGCGCAAAUAACUACCUGAAAAUGACCAACCCCCCGCCUCCCCCAGUAGUAGGCAAUAGCCACGGCAGCAGUCGAGACAUCGGUAGUAACAUGUCCCGGACCACGUGGCAUCACCACCUGGGUCCACCACUAGCAGGAGCACCGGGAACCAACGGAGGCGUCGAGUAUCUGAACAACGGCAACAGCAGCAAUACCUUCGGCAAUAACAUCAACCUGGACGGAUACAGCUCCGGUUGGGGUCAGUCAAGACUCGAAACGAACCGACCGACCAGUAUGCCGGUCCCGAACGUCGGAGCCGCUUCUGGUUCUACCGACAUUGCAGGGCUUAUCAUGGGCCGUAGCACUGGCCAGUCGGCGGAAAGUUCCAGCGAGAGCGAGGCCAGUUUCAUCAAGGGAGCCGCCGGCCAGAAGGAGCCCAAGGACAAGAAGGCGGGCGGGGGCAGCAGCGUUUUUAGGAUGUUCUCCAAGAAAAAAUCCAAGAAUCACAAUUGAUUUGGGGAGAAGAAUUAUUUUUAAAACAAAAGAAAUGCGUGGGUUGUGUAAAGUAGGUUUAGUGAGAUAGGAUUUUGUAAUAUUAUUUUUAAUCCACAAAGAGCAGCUGUCAUCUUGUUCGCGUAGAACAGGAUAUUCUUAUGUUUAAAAUUGCCUUUGUUUUGUUUAUUUUCUUUUCUUACGCAGGACAUGUUACUAUUUUCAUAGAUAUUCUUUUAAGUACUAUGUAACUGAUUUGAACAUUUAUCGAAUAUCUUCGAGUAGCUUCCCAUCUUCAGUUUUAUAACAUGUAUGGAAGAAAUAAUACAAGUUUGAUUGUUAGUAGUCGUAUUUAUAUUCAGGCAGCAACAUUGCUUUUUAGAGUUAAUGUUCCAUAAACACAUAGUGACUAAAAAAAUAAUAAUGGUUUGGAAAGGAACAUAGAAAAUAAACUAUCAAUGAGUGUACCGAACAGUCAAUAGUAAAACACAAUAAAAAGUUAGAACAAGUUCAUAUUACCGAGCAUAGGUUACUCUAUUGUUAACUACGUGAUUGUAGUUUUUCGAACCUGUUAAAAAAUUUCCGCAAUUGUUUAUAUUAUAAAUCGAUUAAGGUUGAAUAAAAGUAUAUUUAAUAAA